UGAGAACUUAGUGGCUCAGUUUGUUCACACGAUUUCUUCAAUGGCAGGAGACUUAUCCUCGCCUAAGUAUUCUUCCCCUCCGGCCAAAUCCCCCGCCGUGCUCUACGGCGGUGGAAUCACCCCCUUCGUUAUCCUUUCUAGCGUGGUGGCUGCCUCCGGCGGCAUCUUGUUUGGCUUUGACCUCGGCAUCUCAGGCGGAGUAACGGCAACCGGUUCAUUUCUGAACAAGUUCUUCCCCGACGUCUAUUUUAAGAUGAAGAGAGACCAUAUUCAUGUCAGAAACUACUGCAAGUUUAACAGUCAAGCACUGACGGCGUUCACUUCCUCUCUUUACAUCGCAGGGCUUUUUUCAUCUCUGUUUGCUUCAAGGAUAACGGAGAAGUACGGCCGCCGGCCAUCGAUGGUCAUCGGAGGUGCUCUGUUCUUGGCCGGAUCGGCGAUGGGUGGAGCUGCCAUGAAUGUUUACAUGCUCAUUUUGGCUAGAAUCCUGCUUGGUUUUGGCGUCGGAUUCACCAAUCAGUCAAUUCCACUGUACCUCUCAGAAAUGGCCCCUCCUCGUCAUCGAGGAGCCAUUUCCGGCGGAUUCGACUCCUGCAUAAGCUUCGGCAUCCUUAUCGCAAACCUCAUCAACUACGCCACUCAAAAGAUCAAAGCCGGUUGGGGUUGGCGAGUCUCACUUUCCUCCGCCGCCAUCCCCGCCACUUUCCUACUCGUCGGCUCCAUCUUCCUACCGGAGACACCCAGCAGCAUUAUCCAACGCGGCGGCGAUCUCCAUCACGCCCGAAUUCUCCUCCAAAAGAUCCGCGGCUCCUCCGUCGAUGUGAGCGAGGAAUUCGAAGACCUCAUCACCGCCACAACCGAAGCCUCCAAAGCCGUCUCCGCCAAACACCCAUUUUUCCUACUCUUUCAACGAAAUUACCGCCCACACAUCGUGAUGGCCAUAGCCCUCCCUCUAUUCCUUCAAGUCACCGGCAUCAACGCGGUCAACUUCUACGCUCCCGUUAUGUUCCGCACAAUCGGGCAGAAGGAAAGCGCGGCACUCAUGUCUGCAGUUAUCACCAGGGUCAUCAACUUGCUCUGCACGCUAACGGCGACGUUGGUCUUGGCGGACAGAGUGGGCAGGCGGGUUCUGUUUAUCACAGGCGGGGUGGCGAUGGUGGGAGCGCACGUGACUCUCGGCGCUGUGCUGAUGUCGGAAAUGCCCGACCACGGAACGAUGAGCAAGGAGAAUGCGUACGUGGUGGUGGCGUUGGUGUGCGUGUUCGUGGCGGCGUUCGGUUGGUCGUGGGGACCGAUGGCGUGGCUGGUGACGAGCGAAAUAUUUCCGCUGGAAAUACGGUCGGCGGGGCAGAGCAUUCAGGUUUCCGUUAAUUUCUUGAUGGCAUUUGCGGUGGCGCAAAGCCUGCUUGCAGUGCUCUGCGGACUGAAGGCGGGCCUCUUCUUAUUGUUCGCCGGAGGCGUAAUGGUGAUGACGGUUUUUGCUUACUGGUUUGUGCCGGAGACGAAAGGAGUGCCGAUGGAGCAGAUGGGUCGCGUGUGGAUCGAUCAUUGGUAUUGGAAGAAAUUUGUCACUACAAAUAAGGUAGAGGAUAUGAUCAAGGAACCGAUUAAUUCACACAGCUCAUCUUGAUCGGUUAAUUAUUAGGAGUUUUAACUAUCAAUUAAUAAAUUCAAAAAAAGAGAAAUUAUGUAAUCCAGCAUUUGAGAUGAUUGAUAAACAGAAGUUUCAAUAUGAAAUUAAAUGUAGUUCGACAUAAA